AUGGGGAUUUGCUUGAGCAACCAAAUCAAGGCUAAGAGCCCUUUUCAUACUGGUGUUAUUUCUUGUAAAAAUGUCAGUGGAAAUGAGAUAGAAUUAAGUAAUUCAAGCAGCAAGGCCUCAUCUGCUUCUAUACCCUCGACUCCUUGGCGUGAGGGUGAGAUCUUGCAGUCCCCCAACUUGAAAAGCUUCACAUUCAGUGAUCUUAAAGCAGCCACGAGAAACUUUCGCCCAGACAGUGUAUUAGGGGAAGGGGGUUUUGGUUCUGUUUACAAAGGAUGGGUUGACGAACACUCACUUGCAGCAUCGAAGCCUGGGGUUGGGAUGGUGAUAGCUGUUAAGAGGCUAAACCAAGAAGGGUGGCAGGGUCACAGGGAAUGUUUGGCAGAAAUUAACUAUCUUGGGCAGCUUCGGCAUCCUAAUCUUGUGAAAUUAAUUGGUUACUGCUUAGAGGAUGACCACAGAGUUUUGGUCUAUGAGUUCAUGCCCAAGGGUAGCAUGGAGAAUCAUCUAUUCAGGAGAGGUUCUUACUUCCAGCCACUUUCCUGGAGCCUAAGAAUGAAAAUUGCUCUAGGUGCUGCAAGAGGACUUGCAUUUCUUCACAAUGCUGAGACUAAAGUAAUAUAUCGAGACUUCAAGACUUCUAAUAUCUUGCUUGAUUCGAACUACAAUGUGAAACUUUCCGAUUUUGGGUUGGCGAGGGAUGGACCAACUGGUGAUAAGAGUCAUGUCUCAACUCGAGUUAUGGGAACUUAUGGAUACACUGCCCCUGAGUAUCUAUCCACAGGCCAUUUAACUGUCAAGAGUGAUGUAUACAGCUUUGGAGUGGUACUUUUAGAAAUUCUAUCUGGUAAGAAAGCAAUAGACAAGAAUCGGCCAUCGGGGGAACGUAAUCUGGUUGAAUGGGCAAAACCUUAUCUUAUCAAAAAACGUAGAAUGUUGCGUGUUCUAGACCCCCGUCUUGAAGGCCAGUACUCAACCAGUCAAGCCUUAAAGGCAGCUACCCUUGCGCUUCAAUGCUUAUUCAUGGAACCCAAGUUGAGGCCAAAGAUGAACGAAGUCGUAACUGCUUUAGAACAGGUUCAAGAGUCGAAGAACGCUUUGAAAAUUGAUCAAAACAUUCACAAAUCAAAUCAACACAGCCAACCUCACAAGGGACAUCGGUCAUACCAAAGCAGUGCUGAGGAAACUCGUGGAGUAACAGCUUAUCCCAGACCUUCAGCUUCCCCUCUCUACGCGUAA